AUGGCCGCGAGCAUCGAAAUCGACGGAAGUGAAGAUCAUUUCGAAACUGUCGCCCAAGUGCUCCGCGAAGAUUUCGUCGGGCUCCGCGAGCUAGCCGAUGUGCAGCUCCGUUUCAAAGAUGGAUCCGUGCCAGUGCAUUCGGCUAUGCUCGCCGCGUUCUCUUCGAACUUCGCUCGGAAAUUCGUUGGCGGAAAACGCGGAGACGUGGAUUUGAGCUUCUUGAACAAGGAAAGUGCGGAGAAGGUUCUGGAUUACAUCUACAACGGACGGGUAAUUGGUUCCGCCGAAACGGGAAGAUAAUCAGUGAUCCAGGUUUCUCUGCGCUACGGAUCUCUUCAAAACGAUCUAGAAGCGAUCGCGUACUUCGGAGUCAGCAAGCUUCAGGAGGACGUUGAGAAAAUAAUGAUUGGGAUGGCGAAGCGAGGAAAGUGCGUGGACGUGCUCAACAUCGUCACCGCCAACCUCAAAUCGGUACUGUCCAUACAUAUCUUCAUAUCCUUCAAGGACCCGAUAAGUUCAGAUCCCGCACUCGCCGUCGACAAUGCUCGCGGCUUCCGAUCAGACCGUCUGUGAUUUGGUGGGCCUCCUCCACGACAUGUUCGUCACCAACUACCUGCCGUACGAGGAGAUUCUGAAGCUCUCCACGAACACGAUCGUCACAAUGCUUUCGGCGAGAAUCGAGGAUGACAAGAAGGUUCAGAUUAUCAACAUGGCGCUCAAAUGGUUGGUAUUUCGAAGGGGUGGGGCCGACCGAAACUAUAAUAUUGUAGGAUCUACGAACGUCGUCUCAGCGAUCGCAAAGCAUCGAACAUCUUGCGCGCGCUGACGAUCGGAUCGUUGACCUACUCGCAGCUCGUUCAGUUCCGCAACUCGCUCAUUCAAACGGCGGUGCCCGUGACAAUCGGAAGAUGCGUUCGUUUGAAGAAGGCGGACGACAACAUGGUGACUGACUUCCUUCCGUCACCCCUAUUCUCUUCUUUUUCAGUUUGACAUUGUCUUCUCUUACGCCGAGAACUCUGGCCAUCAGGUGCUCCACAAGUAAGUUCUUCUUGUUCUUCUUGUUCUCUGUAAGUUGGUCCGGUCAUGUUCAGACCGCUCACACCGACCACCCACUCGUUCUCCACUGUGCUCACCGAUCCGACGAUUCGCUUCGCUUCGCCGUCUGUCCCCUCGUCGUCGCACACUCGCUUCGAAGUUCCCACCUCUCGCCUCUCCAAUUCGUCCGAUUUCGGGUCCGCAUGCUCGUUGACACUUUGAGCAAUCAGUCUUCGUUUUCAGAAUCGAUGACUGCUCCACGGCGAUGUCGUUCGACAGCGACGAUCUGAAACGUCUUGGAUACGAAAAUCCGGCGAAGAAGUGA